UCUCCAUCAGCGCUGAUGUAUCCAGGUCAUCCUCCUCUCGCAGCGGACCCCUUGAGCCCCCCCCCCCCCCCCCCCUUCAUCCAUCCUCACUCUCUGUUUUCUUCUCUCCCCUCUCGCCAUAGCAACCGACUAGCCCCUAGCAACCACGACCGGAUACAGCGGCUGCGCCAUGAGUUCCAGCAGGCCCAGACGGGACCCGACGACCCCGACGACCGCCGGCGCACCUACAGCUUCGAGCAGCCCUGGGUCAGCACUGGCAGUCCGGGCCCCGCUAGUCCGGUCCUGGGGGGCCAGGGGGGUCACGGGGGUCCGGGGUCCUACAGCCAGCCCGGGCGCCACUCGGUCUCCGUGGAGGUCCAGAUGCAGAGGCAGCGGCAGGAGGAGAGGGAGGCCUUCGCCCUGGCCCAGCGCCAGUACAGCUCCCUGCCCCGGUGAGAGAGUGUGUGUGUGUGUGGGUGGGGUGGGGGGGGGGUGGGUGUGGUCAUCAAUACUCUCUACUGUCACACUAAUGGCAUCACAAAGCUCGUAGAUCAUCUCAGUGGCACGGCUGUGCCAGACUGAAUAGAUACCCACACGCACGCACACACACUCCCUUACAAACACACACUCCUUUACACGCAAGCACGCACACACUCCCUUACACACACACACACACACACACUCUCUUACAAAAACACACACAAGCACGCACACACUCCCUUACAUGCACACACUCCAUUACACACACACACACACUCCCUUACACACACACACACACACACUCCCUUACACACACACACUUCCUUACACACACACACUUCGUUAUACACACACUCCCUUAAACACACGCAUGCAUGCACACACACACUCCCUUACACAGUCACACUGUUUAAGGGACAAACACACACACUUGGCAGAGAGGCCGGAUCGGGUUCCUAUAGAAGGCCUUCCUCGAUCUGUUUCGUCUCCAUAAUGAAAUUCCCUCCAAUCAGGGAAUCCUAACAUCUGUUCCUGGAAGGGAACGCGCGUGUGCCUCGUUCGGCUGUCACUCAGAAUGUUAAUCCAAUCAAAUCAAACUUUCUUCAUAGUGCUUUCAGCCAAUGAAUGAAAGGACACAACCAGACUAGUGAAUAGUUGAACACAUGAGAGGAGAAUCACUACUUUAACACAACAAGCUUAACGAGGGAAACCAGACAACUCUGGAUCUUUAGAUCAGAGUCGACCAUUAAGUGAUCACUCACCUCCACACCUACCUACCUGGGUCUCGACGUCACCUUCAUAGUAGUUAAGGUUAUAUACUGUAUGUUCAUUUAAUAGACUAGCAGAGGUUAUAUAUGUUCAUCUAAUACAGAUUAGCUAAAGUUCUAUACGUUAAUUUGAUCCAGACUAGUUUUGGUUAAAUAUGUUAAUUUAAUCUAGAAUAGUUACAAUUAUAUUUUUUCAUUUAAUCCAGACUAGUUAAGGUUAUGUUAAUUGUAUAGAAUAGUUAAGGUUAUAUAUGUUAAUGUUAUAGACUAGUUAAUGUUAUAUAUCUUAAUGUAAUACAGUCUAGUUAAGGUUAAAUAGAUAAUAUGUCUUAGUGUUUUAAACUAGUUGAGCUUCAUGUAUGUUCAUUAGGAGUGUGUUUGUUCUUCAGACCUCCAGAUGUGUCUUGAGUUAGUGUGUAUUGUUGGACUCACUCAGUCUCCAGCAGAACCAUAAACUUUGCGUUCGGCGCUGUCGUUCAUCACAGGAACAGAACCUCCAGCCGUGUGCAUAUCUAUCAGUAUAAUAUUAUGGCUCGUACGCGGAGCUGUUACUCAUCUUUAUUAUUACCCUGUGGCGCGGCGACCUUACAAACAUCUGGACAGGAAAGCGCUUGUUUAUGGCAGAGGCUCAGCGAUGUGUCACGCACGCACACACACACACACACACGCUGAGGAGUAUUAACAUGAUAUCAGCCAUGUUUCAGAUGACACUGUUAACGUGAAGCACACACAGAGACACGCACGCAGACACACACAGGCACGCACGCACCUACGCAGACUGGCACGUACGCAGACAGUCAUGUACGCAGGCGGGCAAAAACAACACAAACAUGCACCCACGCAAGCAGACAGGCAAGCAUGCACACAGACAAGCACGCACACAGACAGGCACGGGUUUAGGAUUAGAAUGUUAACAUGGGGAUUCUGAGGGAGCUGCUGGGAGACGGAUGAGCGGUCGUCUCGCUCGGGCCCGCCUCCCCUCUCUCCCCCCCCCCCCUCUCUCCCUCCCCCCUCUCUCCCUCCCCCCACUCCCGUCCGUCCCUCCCUUGCAGUGGGGUAGUCACCCCCCUACUGUGAGUGUUCCUGUGGCGUGAUGCCAGAGGAACCUGCAGGCAUAAAUUCACAUCAGCUCGUUCAGAGGGACUGUCUGUCUGUCUGGUGCACCUGUCCGUCUGUCUGGUCCACCUGUCUGUCUGUCUGUCAUUGUCUCUGUCUCUCUGUCAGUCUGUCUCUCCGUCUGUCUGUCUGUCUUUCCCUCCAUCAGUCUGCCUGUCUGCCUCUCUGUCUGCCUGUCUGUCUGUCUAUCUAUCUG